AUGACGGUUGAAGACAGCCCCAACAAUGCUGCCGCUUCACCCUUUACGGCACAGCAACUUGCCUCUGGUGCAUCCAAAUGCCUCGAUCUCCAAAAGUCUGGGCGAACUAUUCACUCUAAGCGACCGUUCGCAGCUCUUCUGUUGAGUCCUGAUAAUGAGACGGUGUUGAUGACGUCGCUCUCGCUCUCUCAUGUUCGACAUGCCGAAUGCGAAUUGGCACGUAAUGCUGCGGAUAACUACGACUGGAGCUACCUGGCAGAAUGUACGAUGAUAUCAACGUGGGAGCCAUGUGCUAUGUGUGCCGGCUCCAUCUACUGGGCUCAUAUUGGACGGGUUAUCUAUCUGGCAUCGGAGAAAGCAUUGUUAGAGCUCACAGGGCCCGGAAAUGCUGAGAACCUGACUCUCGAUAUGCCAUGCAGAACAGUCUUUGAAGCAGGCCAAACGCCCGUGGAGGUGAUAGGGCCUUUAACGACUGAUGGAUGGGAGAAGAAGGUAGUGAAAGAUGCUGCACUAUAUUGGUCCAAGAGUUCUUAG